AAUAAAAUGAUGAUAUCAAUGAUUAAUGAUAAUUAACCAUUCGUUGUUUUCUGAAUAUUAUUAAAAAUUUUUAUAGUUCAUCAACGAAAAAAUAAUGUUGUCAACAUUUAAUUAUCUAUUUGCAUCUAGUUUGAUUCAUUAUGAUAAAUUUUUUAUUGAAUUGAAUCGAUUCUUUCAAUUACGAUUAGCAUAUUCAUAUGUCAAUACUGAAUCAUUGGCAAAUUAUUUCGAUGUUGUCGUUGUUGGUGGCGGUAUUGUUGGUUCGGCAACUGCACGUCAAUUAUUAUUAAACCGACCUGGAUUACGUAUGGCCAUUUUGGAGAAAGAAAAUGAAUUAGGUAUACAUCAAACUGGCCAUAAUUCCGGUGUCAUACAUGCUGGUAUCUAUUAUAAACCAGGAUCAUUGAAAGCUAAAUUAUGUGUUGAAGGCAGUCGAUUAGCGUAUGAAUAUUGUGAUGAGAAAAAAAUUCCAUAUAAACGUGUUGGAAAACUUAUCGUUGCCUGUGAUCCAUUAGAAGUGGAACGUUUAAAUGAACUUUAUGAUAGAUCAAUCAAAAAUCAAGUUCAAGGUGUUGAAUUAUUACAAUCCAUUGAACAAAUUCAAGCUAUUGAACCAAAAUGUGUUGGUUUAGCUGCCAUUUGGAGUCCAAAUACUGGUAUCGUAGAUUGGGGCCAAGUGAAUCGUUCGUAUGGUAAAGAUUUCAAAGAUAAUGGUGGAACAAUUUUCACCAAAUUUCAAGUGACAAAAUUUGAAUUGAAAACAAAAUCAUCUGAUGUUGAAUCUGGUGAUUAUCCCAUUAUGAUUACUUCAAAAAAUGGACAACAAAUUCAUUCGAAAUAUGUGAUUACUGCGGCCGGAUUAUAUGCCGAUAAAAUUGCUCAGUUAACUAAUGGAAAAAAAAUUCCGAAAAUUGUUCCAUUUCGUGGUGAAUAUCUCGUACUGCGUAAAGAAUCAUCAGAUAUGGUUAAAACAAACAUUUACCCUGUUCCUGAUCCACGAUUUCCAUUUUUAGGCGUCCAUUUUACACCGCGAAUGGAUGGAAGCAUUUGGGUUGGACCAAAUGCUGUUCUAGCUUUCAAACGAGAAGGCUACCGUUAUCGUGAUUUCAAUCUAAUGGAAUUUAUGGAAACGGCAACGUUUUCUGGUUUCUUACGGCUAUCAUUUAGAUAUUUUUUCGCCGGUAUCGAUGAAAUGUAUCGAAGUUUAUCAGUGAAUGCUCAGCUAAAAAAACUUCAACGUUUUGUGCCUACCAUAACUAAAGAUGAUUUGGAUCUUUCGAAACAUGUGGCCGGUGUUCGUGCACAAGCACUAGAUGCUGAUGGUAAUCUUGUCGAUGAUUUUGUAUUCGAAUUCGAUAAAAAUAGUGGCCGUGUAAUGCAUGUACGUAAUGCACCAUCACCAGCUGCCACUUCAUCAUUGGCUAUUGCACGUGUUAUUGCUGAACGUGCUCAACAGGAAUUUAAAUUGUGAUUGAAAACUUUAAAAUUGGACAAACAAACAAACAAAAAAACUUUUAUUUUAAUUUGUACAAAUUUUAUGGAAAAAAA